GAAGGGGGUGGGCGGCCGUUUAACGGCCACACUGCGCGGGGGUGGCGGGGUCUUGUGCGUGCUGAGGGCGACGGGAGCCCCGGUUCUUGCUCGCAGCAUGGCCCGGGUGCCGCACGGCCUCCCGAAGGAGGGGUUCGUCCCUUCCGGAGCUGGACGCAGCGGCCCUCGCACCUCGCCCGGUGCAGGCCUCAUCCCUCCACUCAGCGGCGGGCAGAUACCGCCGGUCCUUCACCUGCCUGCGGCCUCUGGGACAGGCUCCGGCCCUUCAAGGGAGAGCGGUCUGGGGGCCUGUCUGUGCGCUGCGGCGCGUCGGAAGUGGAGGACUUUGCCCCUCUGUGGGCCAAGGCUAGAGGGCUCUCGUGAGGGCUGGAGCGGUUGCUGUGAACAUUUCUGCUAACAACACUUUGCAAUGCUGUGUGUUACUAUGGGCAUAAUAAAAUUUGUAUCGUGGUAGUUGUUUGCUGACAAGAUGAAGUUCAGUUGUAUCAUCAGCUGUUAUUGCCGUGAGUUUCAGAGAUCAGCCAUGGGCAUUAAAGGUUUGCAGGGAUUUGUGGCAAGAGUUUGCCCUGAUGCAUGCAGAAUGGUAGAUCUGAGAGAAAUGGCAGAAAAACAUCGCAUCGAUCAUCCUGAUUUCCCACCUGUUAUCGUAGUAGAUGCCAUGAGUUGUGUUAGAUACUGGUACACACCAGAAUCCUGGGUGUGCGGUGGCCAGUGGCGAGAGUACCUUGCCGUUUUAGAGGAUUUUAUUAAAGCUUUUAUGGCAGCUGGCAUCAAGUUGGUGUUUUACUUUGACGGAGUGGUAGAAGAGAAAAAGAGAGAUGAGUGGAUCAAACGGAGGUUGCAGAAUAACAAGGAAAUAGCCAGAAUAUUUCAGUUUAUCAAGACUCACAGGAAACAACCAGGGAGAGGAAUGUUCGUUGUUCCUUCAGCUUUGCCUACUUUUACACGUUUUGCCCUGAAGUCGCUUGGUCAAAAAACAGUAUGCACAUUGCAAGAGGCAGACUUUGAGGUGGCUGCAUAUGGUUUGCAACAGAACUGCAUAGGAAUUCUCGGGCAAGAUAGCGACUACCUCAUCUAUAAUACAUGCCCCUACUUUUCCAUUGAGAAGCUCCGUUUGGACACACUAGUAACUGUUAUGUACUCUCGAGAAGAUCUUUGCCGUGCCUUGGGCCUUAGUUUGACACACCUCCCUCUCUUUGCUUGCUUGCUUGGCAAUGAUGUUGUUCCGGAAAGCUUGUUGGAAGGCUUUUGGCAUAAAUGUUUAGUCACCAGUCCCCACAAGAAUAACAGCUACAACAGAAGAACAAAUAUACUUCUAGCUGUAGCAAAUUACAUCUCUAAAGUUCCAUGCUCAUACAGCAGCCUAAAACACUUGGAAGAGAUGCUACCGUUGGGAUCAGACAAGACAUUACUUUACAGAGGAGUGGAGUCCUAUCUUUUGCCUGGCCAGCAGUCUCCAUGGAUUCCUCCCAAUGUAACAAAUUGCCAAAUGUUCUCCCAUCAGCACCAAACAGCCAUGUGUCAAGAUAAGGAAAUCUUUCAGUUAGCUAAAGAACAGCAUAUCCAAUCAGAAAAUUAUACAAUCUUCAAUAUCCUGAGUAAUGGAGAGAUUGAGUGCAGCAACUCUUUGGAAGAUGAAUGUGAUACAGAGAUUCCUGGACAAGCACUUAUCUACCGCCCUGCUCGUCAGCAUAUUUAUUCUGUCUUGUUGGAAUCUGGAAAAGGUGGAGCCUAUCCUUUGGUAAAAGAGUGGUUUGUGUAUUUUGGAAAUCCUCUCCAGCAGCCAGAGCUGAUACAACCUGUAAAACCUUCUAUUCCAGGUGGAACACCUAAUUUGAAAACACUGUGGUUUGCCAAAGGACCUGAUGUGGAAAAGCAACGGUAUAGUACAUUUCUGGCAUGCUUUCACCUUCAGGACAGGAUGGAGGAGCUCCAAGCUCUAGAAGCACCUGUUGCAGCAUUCUGCUGCUUGCUGGCCUAUCUUAUAAUGCAGGUCAGUAGCCUCUCUCUGGAGGACUUAAAUGCAUUUGUGGCGCUCAUUCUCUGCCUCAAAGGGAAGUCAGCUGCUCAACUGGCAGGUUUGCAGCUUGCACAAGUGGACUCCAGAGCUGUACAUCUUGGCGCUGUCUUUGUUCGUGGCCUUACAACUUUGCUCAUGGCGAAUAGUGCCUGUGGCUUUCCGUUCAGAAUGGAUGAUUUGAUGCCUUGGGAAGUGUUUGAUGGAAAACUUUUUCAAGAAAAAUACCAGCAGUCACACCGAGGUUGCUCUUUGGAAGAGCUUUUGGAAGGCAAUGAGUCUUUGUAUACACCCUUCCAGAAUCUGAAGUCUUUCAUUUGCAAGGCUUGCAUGGCAAAGAAAAGAACAAUACAGAGCAGACCAAGAGGGAAUGGAUUUAUCACAGGAACACAACAAAGAGAAUUUAAUCCCAGGUUCCAACAAACACACAGGAGUUAUUUUGUUCCUCCAUAUCAUAACCAGAUGAGGGGGUUCCUAUGGAGAAAUCCUCAACCACAAGGUAGAGAAUACAGAUUGGGACAUCCAGACCGUAGGAGAAGAUUCCACCUUCCUCCUCGGGUUAUACCGUUGUUACUGAAACCUGUUGAACCAUUUGAAACAUGACAUCACUGAUGGAAACAUGAUCUGCCAAUGAAACCAAGUGACCUUCCUGUAAAAUGCAGAGCUUUCUUACAAGAGCAAAAAAUUGCUAUUACUUUUGGCAUUUCUAGUUAAGCAACUUUUUCUAUCUCAGCUGACUGUGUGGAGUGAACCACAUCUCUGCUGAAGACAGAAAGAAUCUGUCAUGCUUUACUUCUGUAAUAAAUAAUACUUAUGAGAGCUAAGUAUUUAUUCAUAGAAUCAUAGAACGGUUGUCCAGAAUUCUAAUUUAAACACUUAUCUUCAGAAUUAUUUCUUAAAAAUGUAUAUAUUUCACUUUGUAAUUCAAUUUCAGUGAUGUAUGUAUUUAAUUAUAAAAUUAAUUCAUUUUAAAUAGAAUUAAUAUAAAUAAUACUAAAGAAAUGUAAAAUAACAGAGCACAUGCAGUUUUUAAAAUCACCAUAAGAUCAUAUAUUGGUAAAUUGGUACCACAAAAGCCGCUCUUCAAGUCAUUACUUGUGUUUUUUAAGAAACUGUUUUAGAGAUUACAACAACUUUCUUACAUCUUCUAUUUGCGUAUCCAUUCAGUUAGAAAUCAUCAGAGGUACUUUACUUGAUUACUGUCUUCAGCAAAAAAAAAGGCAGUUAUGUAGACAUUCCAUUUUAAAUCAUGAAGUGUAAAAAUUGUACCAGGGGACAAAAGUAUGAACAACACUUAUGUCUCAUAGGAAGUGGGUGACACACUUAGAACUGUGUUUAUCUCUUUACUGAUCUGCAUCUCAACCUAAUUGAAAAUUGUCUCCAUCUAUGUAAUCUUCAACAAUUUCAUGCUUCUCUUAGGUUUCUGCAGUCUUUGAAUUGAGUUGGCUCAACUGGAUGUUUAUGGAACUGAUGGGGUUUCGUCUGUUUAUGUGCUUUGGAAUCACAGUAUCUUUAGUUUUGUACUUCAGCAUUUUCAGUACAUGAAGUUAUAUAAUAACCUCUUUUCUUCUCAUAUGGGAGGUAUAUGAUGGGAAGAAAAAUGAAAGCCUGAUGUCCUUUUCCUGCUCUCAAAAAAGACUGAGCAGCAGAAACAGAUGAUAUCCAAAGAUAGAGGCAAAAUGUUAAGAGCAAGUUUGGAAAUCUGAUACAGUUUGCAGAUUUUCCUAAGAACAUGUUUAGUUAUUGAGGAUGGUGGCUAUUCCAAAUAGUGAAGUCAGUGGUGUUGCACAUGGACAAAACUUUGUAUUUACACAGAGAACUGUGGCCUUAAUGUUUAUCAUGUUGGAAAAUCCACUCUUUUGGAUUAUUUUUCUUUUUUGUUUUGAAUAAUAUUGAUUAGUAUCUUGUUAGUGUAGUUUUCAUAAUCAUCAUUCUAGAUUUUACUGAUACAGAAACUGUAUUUCAGUCUUAGGCUUCUUAUUGUAUUACACCAGAAUUUUUAUUUUUAUAAGCAUUUGAAAAUUAAAUUUAUAUCUGAAAACUAUUUCAUGACCCAUACUAACAGAGUAGCAGAUGCUAUGAAACUUAAUGUUUACCUUAAGACUUGCAGAACUUAAGGUUUGAAACGUAAGUGCUGAUCUGGAUAAUUAUUAUAUAGAUCACUAAACCCAGAACGCAUCAUUAUGGUAGUUUAAUCACCUGCAUAAUACAGAUUAAAAAAUCUUACCCUGCAACAGGCCAUAACUUCUAAAAUUGUUUCAGUGUUGAUGUUCAUGUGUCUUACUUGGCUCCUCACAACUAUUUGUCUUUUAGAUCCCCCAGGUGACCCUACUCAUUACUGGAAGUGGAUGAAAAUGGAGAAGAGAACAAGAUACAUUUUUAUGAAAUGCUGUAUGCUGAAGAUCAUAAAAACUUCAUCAGUAUUUCAAAAAUGGUGGUGGGAAGGCUCUAAUCAGAAAUCUAUCAUGCCUCAUUUUCAGUUCCAUUUUAUUUUGUAUACUUUUCUCCUAGCCUGUAGCUUAGAGAAGUAAACUAUGAAAUGUUGUGAAACAAUUAUUAUAUAAUUUAGGUUCUAGAUAAUAGUGUUUGGAGCAGAUUACAAAAACUUUGUUGACACAGUUAUGAAAUAUGAUCAUUAUAAAAAUUAUGUCUAAAAAGUCAAGGUGAAUCCCACAUGUUGAAGAAGGCUGCAAAACUUUAAUUAACUCACCUGAUUCUGUUGUGAAAACUACUAUGUCUCUUCUGUUAAACCUUGAUGCUAUAUGAGGCUGAAAAUGCCCAGUCUCAGACAAAAAAGGGUACUUUUAAAGUGUUCGCAAUCAUAUCACGAUUAAAAAAAUGUUACUUUUCUGUUACGUGGCUUACUUUCCUAGUUCCUCAGUCCCAGAGAAUGAGAAAAGGGUAGCUAAAACAUUCCAGAAAGUUAUAAAAUUAUUUUCUACGUACGAAACUGCUGCAGCUUAAUGUCCUGUUAUUUUGGGGCCUUUCAGAGCUGAGUCAAAUGCAUCGUCCUCUUCUGGAAUACCUAGAAUUCUCCUCCAUAUGUAGUGAGUCAUUUAUGAAAUGUUUAAGGUUUAUGCCAGACCUUACAUCUGUCUUUAGCUUUAAAGUAAAGGUCAGUGUGAGCCUCUGGCCAGUGUAAUUUGGAGGAAAUUCUGAAUCAAGGGACAUUAAAAGACAUUUUGAAUGCAUUCUCUUUUUUUUUUUUUUUUUUUCCUAUUUUCUAAGUGGCGGUUGUUUGAAGCACACAGGGUAAAAUUUUUUCCCUUAUGACAUCAUUGGUGCAUCUUUUGCAGAUAUUAGUGGCACCUUAAUUUCACUCCAUACUGAUAAGGUAGUCCCAGGAGAUCUAAGUAAAUGGAGAGAGUACAGGUAUGGCAAUCAGGUGUCUCCCGUCUUAAUUUUCACUGGUCUAGUCAUCACACAGAGUUUAUUACAAUUUUGGAGAUAUGUGUAUUUUUAGAAUAGUGCAUAAGUACACUUGAAAUUAAAUGUCUUUAGAAGUAUUUAGCAUGAGGAAAAAACAUUAUUUUUAUAUUCCAAAGAGAAAAUUUAGUUCUAAUUUUGAAAUCUGUUUUCAGAAGAAAUACUAUAGCUAUUGUACAGCUUGCCCUUAUAUUUAUGCUGCAAUGAUUACCAAUUUAAACUCUGUUGGUUUCAGUCCAUUAUUGUUCAGUUAAUGUUGUUUAUUAGGCCUUGUGCAGGUAACUUUGAGUCAACUGUCAGUGGAACUUAAUUCCUAUUUAGUAUAUGUGUUAUGUCAAGGUGAAUAGUAUUGUCAGACAUAGAUAACUCAAUACUAUAAUUUCCUCACAUGUAUUUUUCUGUUUGUAACCCAAUAAAUAUAUUCUUUCACACUCUGCAUUUAGCAACAGUCCAGCUAAACAAUAAAUUGGCAGCAAUACAGUAUUUCUAGUUUUAUUAAAAGUUUGAACAGACACAUUUUUUACACAACGCAGUGUCUGAUUUGUGUUCCAGGGAUCCUGUCAUGAUAGGGGCAUUCCUGCUUUCUUUUUCUAUGGAUUUGUCACUGACUGUAAUUGUACUACCACUUUUUUUUUCUUUUUUUUCCCCCACAAAACCUUUUGGAAUAACGUAGUCUGAGUUUUAUGAAAAGUUCUCUAGUUUCAGGAAUCUCGUGAUGUAUAAUAGUGUAUUUAGUUGCAAAGAAUGUAACUGUGUGCCAGAAUUUGUUGGUAAUUCCCCCUUCAGAUUUUGAUAUGAGAAAAGAUUUCUGUUGGCCUCAAUGAACAAAGUUAAAUACAAUUAGAGUGGGAGUUUUGCUAUGCUAGUUGUGGUAUUUUAUGAAUUGUUGGUAAUAAUUACCCUGACUAUUGAAGAAUUGUUAGCUUCUCUGUGCGGUUUGUUUUCCUCCUAAUGUUAGACCAUAAGCAGAAGAUUAUUAUUAUUAUUAUUAUUAUUAUUAUUAUUAUUACUAUUUCCAAGCCAAAAGAUUGUUUUUCCCACCAGGAAUCAUAGAGUGAAAGCAGAAGCACGAAGUCAAAACAUAGAUGUGCUACUUUCCUGUCUCACUGAACUUCAAAUUGUUUCCAGUUUAAUAGGGUUUCCUUAACACAUGGACUGCAGGGUUACUUUGAAUGGGUACAGGACAGAGGAAAAACAGGCAUCUGGAUUUGAAGUGAAGGAACCUACGUUUGUGAAGAAAAGCGCUCUUAUUUCUUGUUUGACUAUAUUGCUGAUGGACCUUCCUAGCCUGUUCGCUGGGUAGCUGCCUUUCAUCAAAUGUUCACUGAAGUUGUGGAUUUAUUUAUUAGCUUUAUUUAUUCCCCUUCUGGAAGGGGAUUCAGAGAACAUUCAUUAACUUAGUCAACUGUGACUGAAAGGAAAUUAUGACAUGGUCAUUGUAAGAGAAAGACUUAACUGACAGGAAGAUAUUUAUCAACUUUCCUCUUUUUAUCUAUUAUGUAUCCUUCGUCUUACAUUACUUUACUCAUCUGGGAUGCAAUCACACUGGGAAUCUGAAUCUGAGCUGCAGAAAACACUGAGUUAAUCUUACAAUACUUUGGCAUUGUAAGUAUCAAAACAUAUAGAUUAUGCCUGUUUUAUAAACCAGGAACCUACAGUUUUGUUUUGCUACCUUAGCAAGUGCUGCGUUGAGGUGGAGGAGAACAGAGGUGCUAAAGCUCUACAAAUCUUUUUGUGCCAUGCUGUCUGGGCAAAGUUAGAAGGAUAAUCAAACACAUGGUAUUAUUUUGCAAAGGUGGUCUUUAAUUAAAUGAUGGAGAAGACAAUCAAAACUUUACAUGUUCACAUUUAAACGCUGACUCCCUCUUGUCAGCUAAGCUGGGAAGCAGGCUUAGUAUAUGAUCCUUCCCUAGGAAGGUUGAUGGGAGAUUCCUCUGUGCUGCACAGCCUCCUUCAUAGAGAGUAUCUUUUGGUGAUAUAGAAACAUGGCCAGUACAUAAAAUGGCCUGGUAAGGUUGCUUCUGAGUGUAGGUCAUUCACACUUGCUGAGGUUGCUCAGGACAGACAAGGGCUCAGUGAUGGUAAGCUUAGGAGGCGUGGAUUAGGUGAGUGGACAGUGAGGUGGAUUCAGAACCGGCUGAAUGGCAGAGCUCACAGGAUUGUGAUAAGCGGUGUAGAGUCUCGUUGGAGGCCUGUAGCUAGUGGUGUGCCCCAGGGGUCCGGUCUUAUUCAACAUAUUCAUCAAUGACCUGGACAAAGGGACAGAGUGUACCCUCAACAAAUGUGUUGAUGAUACUAAACUGGGAGCAAUGUCUGACACACCAGAAGGCUGCGCUGCCAUUCAGCGAGACCUGGACAGGCUGGAGAGUUGGGCAGAGAGGAACCAAAUGAAAUUCAAUAAGGGCGAGUGCAGGGUCCUCCACCUGGGGAGGAAUAACCCCAAGCACCAGUACAGAUUAGAGGUUGACCUGCUGGGAAGCAGCUCUGUGGAGAAGGACCUGGGAGUCCUGGUGGACAACAAGCUCUCCAUGAGCCAGCAAUGUGCCCUCGUGGCCAAGAAGGCCAAUGGUAUCCUGGGGUGCAUUAAGAAGAUCGUGGCCAGCAGGUCAAGGGAGGUUAUCCUCUGCCUCUACUCUGCCCUGGUGAGGCCACAUCUGGAAUAUUGUGUCCAGUUCUGGGCUCCCCAGUUCAAGAAAGACAGGGAAGUACUGGAGAGAGUCCAGCAGAGGGCUACGAGGAUGAUGAGGGGACUGGAGCAUCUCUCGUAUGAGGAAAGGCUGAGAGCGCUGUUUGUUUCGCUUUUUAGAGGGGAUCUUAUCAAUACUUAUAAAUAUCUAAAGGAUGGGUGUCAAGAGGAUGGGGCCAGACUCUUUUCAGUGGUGCCCAGCAACAGGACAAGGGGCAACUGGCAUGAACUGGAACGCAGGAAGUUCCAUCUCAAUAUGAGGAAAAACUUCCUCACUUUGAGGGUGACCGAGCACUGGAACAGGCUGACCAGUGAGGUUGUGGAGUUUCCUUCUCUGGAGAUACUCAAAACCUGCCUGGAUGCAAUCCUGUGCAACCUGCUCUGGGCGAUCCUGCUUUAGCAGGGGGGUUGGACUAGACGAUCUCCAGAGGUCCCUUCCAACCCCUACCAAUCUGACUCUGUGAUUAUGGUGAGUGUACAAGCUCCAGUGUUUCCUAAUGUCCCAGGUGCAUAGGUACCUAACGGCCACAUGGCUGUCUGCACCCUGAAUGCUCUACCAGGCUCUCCUCCUGGCCCCCAAGGGGUUUCGCUGCCUGCAGCAGGGUGACCUUGCAUCCAGCUAGUGUGCGAGAAAGACCUGUGUAAGACAACUGUGAAAAGCCCCAUGGGAGGCCUCUGCCCCUUGGCUCAAGAGCUGCAUUUCAGCCCAGGUCCUUGCCCUCGGUCUUUGCCUAAUCUACUUUGCAGGUAUGCCUGUGUCCAGCCUGGCACCUUGCUGAUUCUGCCCUGGCCUUGCUGAUUUGUCUUCCUGGUUUGACCGGGGACAUCUGUCAUCACCAGAGACUUGUCCAGUGAUCACAGGACUGUCGUGUGAAGUGGUUACCAUCACCAGACCUGCUCUGCUCUUGUUCAGGUACCCUCACCAGUGAGGUCACUUCCCCACCUGCGUUGCCACUCAGCUGCUGGCUUGCCUUCCCUUGUGGAGCAGCCCACCCUUGUUGCUCCACGACCAUAGGCUUUAAGGCCCUGACAGUACAGAUGGUGAGAAAGUUUGGCUGUAACUACCAUAGUAAUUAGGCAGCGUCAAAACAAUAGAUAUGGCCUGUGGGAUUGCUUGCUGCUGAAAACAGCUCAAAAAACUGAACACAGCUACGACCAGCAAAGUGUCUUAGUGUAUCUCUAUACAAUUAGGACCUUGCAUUCAUUGCUUUCCUGGACCUUGCAGCUGACCUCCAGACCUUUCUCACCCAUAAUCAGGCUACUGAGUACACCACGUUUCAACAUUGCAGACCACAAAUGUGAAGCUGGUUCAGAACAUGGAAGUUAAAGAAUAUGUUCUUGCAACUGGUACUCCUAGGUACUCCUGGCUUGUACUGCUUUUGAAGUCCUGGGUGGUACAUCAGGUGUUAAGUUUAACCUACAGUGUCUUGCCUAGGAUUUUUUACCUGGAAGUGUUUAGUUCUCUUGGGGCUCUGUAGUUGAGACAACACAUGAUGAGUUGAAAAGUUAUCUGUAAAGGACAAAGAGGCAGCUGGCAGGGUAUUCUGUCUGAGUAUUCACCAGCCUAAAUGUGUUAUUUCAUUUUACCACAAAAUUAAAGGCUAAAUUUUAUAUUUUUUUUUUCUUGUGCCAACUGGGAAAAUAUAUAUUGUAUUUAAAAAAAACAGUCUUGAAUAUUUGUUUGCUCAGGUAAGGAAUCAAGACCAAGUACUGGCCCUGAACUUGUGUUGAGUGCUGCUCAUUGCAUGAGUAGGAGUUAUGGUAGUGUGCAACUGAAAACUCCAACACGCUUGAAAUCAGAGUGCAGGCAGGGCUUCAGCUGUAGUAAUUUCAAGUUCUGUCUCCCGUAUCUCUAUAAACUACAAAUAGGGAGGCAGACAUUUAACUGGGGACAAAGAACUGCUCUGGCUGCAGGAUUUCAGUCACACAGUGUUGUAUUGUGCACUCGGUGUUCAUAUUUGAUAUAAAAAUUGUAUGUCAUCAAUAAACAUCAUCAAAAGAC